AUUGAAUGGUUUAACUUUGAUAUCACGCCUCGUCGCCUGCGCGCAAACCUCCGCGAUCGUCGUAAAGCCUCGCGUUUUAAGAUGGAGCAAGUCAAACCCAUUUCAGCUAAGAAUAAGAGAGAGAGAAUGGACUAUGGGCGCUUCGGAAUGGAACAGCCCCUCUUCGGAUAUUGGGAUCAGAUUGAUUUUACGGACGAGGCGCAUGUCGACCCCAACGAGCAGACAAAAGGGCGGGUUAUACGAGAGGAAGGCAAGCGGCUUGAGCCUGAAAACCUACAGGCUAGGCCUAAGAGGUCUGGAAAUGCUCUUCAUUUUGCAGCCUCUAUUUCAUACUGGCAUAAGGGCGAGCUCAAUUCUAUCACGACAAGUCUGAAGACCCUCCGAAGGCCCCUAAGCGACCGCGAAUGCCCCGGAAAAGUAGUGUAGAAACGGUCGAAGAGUAUGAAGCGAAAUUAGCGAAAUGGAACGACGAAUCGCACCAUCCUGUGGAGGUAAAGAGGAAAGGAAAUUCUAUGACAGCCAAAUAUUACGCCGAGAACCUCCUCCCUCUAUAUAUCGACGAGAUUAACGCCGCGCGCGUGGAGCGCGACGGGGGUUGUUUUGGAGUCGAUGAUUGGGGGGAUGGAGCUCAUAUGAUACUUCAGGAGGAUAAUGAUCGAUCACAUGGGACGACGCAGGGCAAGAGUCUACCUCGUAGCCUCAAGGAUCGAUGUUGGAUCUAUCGAUUGAAGCAUCCUGCGCAGUCGCCUAAUCUUAACCCGAUUGAAGCGAUUUGGGGCAUCCUCAAGCAGCGUAUUAAGCGUAGAAUAUGGGAUACCCUAGACGAACUGAAACAGAUACUGGUUGAGGAGUGGGAAAAGAUCACGAUGGAGGAAAUCCGGGCGCGAAUCGCAGAGAUGCGGCUUCGCUGUAGGAUGGUGGUAGACCGCGGCGGAGAAUUCGUCAAAACAGACCUCUGGUAAUCGCCGAGUUAGGAAAAGAGUACACUUUUUGAUAUUAUGCUACUUUUGAGCGAAUUGGACCUGCCCGUGCGAAGCGCGGUCUGCCUGUGAUGGUGGUCAUGGUCGUUGGGGGAAUGCCAAGAAAAGUAAUUCAAUUUCGUCCCCCCGGAGGUAGGUUGGCCUUAGGCCACAAGGCCAUGAUACUGCCCCUUACCCUUAUC